UUGAAGCAUCUGCGCAUGCGCAUUAGCGGCGCGUCUCUUCCCUCCCUGAAGGAUCAAACCGCCGCUCGUCCGCGAAAAGCCGAGCCGACAAUGGCACAACUGGUGGGACCUCUGCGCAAAGAGCUCGCCGACUCCCUCUCCUCCUGCCGGGUGCUGGUGGUCGGGGCGGGGGGCAUCGGCUGCGAGCUCCUGAAAAACUUGGUGCUCACCGGUUUUAAGAAUAUCGAAGUGAUUGACCUGGACACCAUUGAUGUAAGCAACCUUAACAGGCAGUUCCUGUUUCAAAAGAAACAUGUUGGCAAGUCCAAAGCUCAGGUUGCCAAGGAGAGCGUGCUGAGAUUUUGCCCAUCUGCGAGCAUCACUGCCUAUCAUGACAGCAUCAUGAACCCAGACUACAAUGUGGAGUUCUUCAGGAAUUUCCAGCUCGUCAUGAAUGCUUUGGAUAACAGAGCGGCCAGAAAUCACGUCAACAGAAUGUGUUUGGCAGCAGACAUUCCUCUCAUUGAAAGUGGCACGGCGGGGUAUCUGGGACAAGUUACGGUUAUCAAGAAGGGUCAGACGGAGUGCUACGAGUGUCAGCCUAAACCUACACAGAAAACCUUCCCAGGAUGCACCAUUCGCAACACGCCAUCCGAACCCAUUCACUGCAUCGUCUGGGCCAAAUAUCUCUUCAAUCAGCUGUUUGGAGAAGAGGACGCGGAUCAGGAAGUUUCGCCAGACACAGCCGAUCCAGAGGCCGCAUGGAACCUCGCAGAUGCAGCGGCCCGAGCUACAGCCUCCGACCAGGACGGAGACAUCAAACGAGUGUCCACUAAAGAUUGGGCUCGCUCGACGGGCUAUGAUCCUGUCAAAGUCUUCAACAAGCUUUAUAAAGAUGACAUCAUGUAUCUGUUGACUAUGGAUAAGUUGUGGAAAAAGAGGAAAGCCCCGAUACCUCUCGACUGGACCGAGAUCCAGCAACUGGCAGGUUCUCAGGAGGAAGUCUGUGGAGCUGGUCUGAAGGACCAGCAGGUGUUGGACGUUCAGGGUUACGCUCAGCUUUUCCACCGCAGUGUGGAGACACUCAGAUCUCAGCUGGCAGAGAAGGGUGAUGGUGCAGAGUUGGUUUGGGACAAGGACGACCCUCCAGCUAUGGAUUUUGUCACGGCAGCCGCAAACCUGCGAAUGCACGUCUUCAGCAUGAACAUGAAAAGCCGCUUUGAUGUCAAAUCAAUGGCUGGGAACAUUAUUCCAGCGAUAGCCACCACUAACGCCGUUAUCGCCGGUCUUAUUGUAUUGGAGUCGCUGAAGAUUCUCAACUCAGACUUUGAACAGUGUCGCACGAUCUUUUUAAACAAGCAACCCAAUCCCAGGAAGAAGCUCCUGGUUCCAUGUGCGCUGGACCCUCCCAAUCCAAACUGUUACGUGUGUGCCAGCAGACCUGAGGUCACGGUCAAACUUAAUGUGCAUAAGACCAUUGUGCUUGCUCUUCAGGAUAAGAUAUUGAAGGAAAAAUUUGGCAUGGUGGCACCAGAUGUACAAAUUGAAGAUGGAAAGGGAACGAUCCUAAUCUCAUCUGAGGAAGGAGAGACUGAAGCAAACAAUAACAAGUUUUUAUCCGACUUUGGGAUUCGAAACGGGAGCCGUCUUCAAGCUGAUGACUUUUUACAGGAUUACACACUUUUGGUCAACGUACUUCACAGUGAGGAGUUAGAAAAAGAUGUGGAGUUUGAAGUGGUGGGUGAUGCGCCAGAUAAGGCGCCAGCACAAAGUGCACCAGAGGAGGGGAAAAACAUUGCCAAUGGUAAAAAUGACUCUGACCAGCCUUCUACCUCAUCUAAAGCCAUUGCAGAGGAUGAUGAUGUCCUUAUUGUAGACUCCGAUGAAGAACCGUCCUCAAGCACCAUGGAAGUCGCACCGGAGACCAGUAACCGCAAGAGGAAACAUCACGACGCUGAAACGGACGAUGCUGCGUCCAAGCGCAAACGUGUUGACCAACAGCCAGCUGAAGACGAUGAUGACAUCAUCGCUCUAGACUAACAUUCAUGAUGUUUCCCAACCCCAAUAGAGGAUUUUCCUUCAUUUGUAUUUUCGUAUGAAUUCUCUUACCAACAUGUAAAUAUAUCUGUACAAAACGGUUCACGUUCAGUGGAUGUCUUUUUCUCCUUCUGUUCUUUGUUUCAUGGGAACAGAAAAUGUCUGAUUUCUGAACUGCACUCUGUUAGAUUUUUCUCCGAUGGAUAAAAUACUUUUUUACAA